UCAUUCCACAUCGAACUGUUCUAACCCUGCGUCCGCUGCAGCGUUCUCUCACAGCGUCUAAGCCCGCGGAGUUCAAGCCCAGAGUUCGGUGACAGUUCACCCCUUCGAGAGGGAGGCUAAUAUCAGAAGUGCAUGUUCCAGACAGACUGUGGGACGUCGAGGGGUGCAGCGCACGCGCUUCCCUCCGAUUUUACUUCAAAGUGCAUUUUCAGUUUCACUUUCAUUCAUCCCCGCGAUCUUCAACAACACGUACACGUGAUAUGCCUCUGUGACUUACGUUGUUCUCGUCGUAUCUCUCUAUGACCGUUCGUGUCUGUGUUCUGUUUACGAGUUAUGUUGACAGCUGAACUUUGCGUUGUUUUCACUUUCUGUGAACUGACAACUGUCAAAUAGGAUUUUUUUUUUUUUUCAUGUGUUUACUUUGUUUGUAAGAUGCAAACUGCUGCUAUUGUGUACAAGACUGACAUUAAAGAGUUCAGGAUUUCUUCAGGUGCUAUUGUUUCGUCUACGUCUUCUCCUGGAUCGUCAGCAAUGAGACCACCACCGCCUCCGCCGCCACCAAAGAUGAAAAUUUUAGUUGACAACAAACUUGAGGAACCUUCUUCGUCUAUUCCUGACCUAGAAUUCGAUGGUACUACUGUUUUAUGCCGAGUUUGCGGCGAUAAGGCUUCAGGUUUCCACUAUGGCGUACACUCGUGUGAAGGUUGCAAGGGUUUCUUCAGAAGGAGCAUACAGCAGAAAAUCCAAUACAGGCCGUGCACCAAAAACCAGCAAUGUGCCAUCCUCAGGAUCAACAGGAACCGCUGUCAGUAUUGUAGAUUGAAGAAAUGCAUAGCGGUGGGAAUGAGCAGAGAUGCUGUUAGAUUCGGCAGGGUCCCAAAAAGGGAGAAAGCCCGCAUCCUUGCCGCGAUGCAGCAGAGUUCCAACUCCAGGUCCCUGGAAAAACAACUUCACGCCGAGUUGGAAGACGAACAAAGAUUGAUAGCAUCAGUGAUAAGGGCUCAUAUAGACACAUGCGAAUUCACAAAAGACAAGAUAGAGCCCAUACUACAGAGGGCCAGGGAACAACCGUCCUACACAUCAUGCCCUUCGACUUUGGCCUGUCCUCUCAACCCCAACAUGUACAGUCCCAGCUCAGGCAGCAACCAAGACGGGAUCCACGACUUCUCCGAGAGGUUCUCGCCGGUCAUCCGCGGCGUGGUGGAGUUUGCGAAACGCAUCCCUGGCUUCAAGUUGUUGCCGCACGACGAUCAGGUGACCAUGCUUAAAGCGGGCGUUUUCGAAGUGCUUUUAGUGCGACUGGCGUGUAUGUUCGACGCCCAGACCGCCACCAUGGUCUGCCUGAAUGGACAAAUGUUGAAAAGAGACGCUAUACACACCUCUUCGAACGCGCGUUUUCUGAUGGACUCGAUGUUCGAAUUCGCAGAUCGCGUCAACAGUCUCCAGUUGACGGACGCCGAGGUCGGUCUGUUCACCGCCGUGGUCGUAUUCGCAGCCGACAGGCCGGGAUUGAGAAACGUGGAUUGGAUCGAGAAGAUGCACAAUAAGCUGAAGAGCGCGCUGAACACGGUGCUCAGUCAAAACCGACCGGAUCAACCCAACUUCAUCGAAGAGCUGUUGAAGAAGAUCCCCGAUCUCAGAACCUUGAACACCCUCCACGCUGAGAAACUCACUGCGUACAAAAUGAACGAACAGCAGCUGAUGAGCCAACAGCCUCAUAUGAGCCAAUCGCCACAUAUGAGCCAACAGCCACAUAUGAGCCAACAGCCACAGAUGAGCCAACAGCAACAGAUGAGUCAAACGCCCCAAAUUACCCAAAAAUUCUGGGUAUCGCCGCCCCGCGAGGAAGAAAACAGUAAGAGUCCACCGGCGACGUCGUGGUUGUCCACCUCUGAUGUAGCGAUGGAAGAAGCCAAGAGCCCAGUCGGUUCAGUGUCCAGUACGGAAUCGAUGUGCUCCGAAAUGAGCUCCAUCACCGACUAUCACCAUUCCAAUGGGAGCAAUCAUAUCAGCCAACACGUGGCAAACGCACCCUUGCUAGCCGCAACAUUGGCUGGUGGGUACUGCCCACACAGAAAAAGGGCGAAUUCCGGAUCAACAUCAUCUUCCGGCGACGACGAAUUCGUGCAGACCUCACACCUCAUCCACAACGGUUUGACAAUAACCCCAGUAGUGAGACCGCUGCUACAGAUCGCUCCCAGGUUUAGGAAGCUGGACUCUCCCACCGACUCAGGUAUCGAAUCUGGUACAGAAAGAGUCGACAAACCCAGUGCACCGCCGUCUCUCUGUUCGAGUCCGAGGUCGUCAGUCGAGGAUCAUCAUAUUGUAGAAGACAUGCCUGUUUUGAAGCGCGUUUUGCAAGCUCCUCCGCUAUACGACACCAGUUCCUUGAUGGACGAAGCGUACAAACCACACAAGAAAUUCAGGGCUCUCAGAAACAACAAAGAUUCUGAGGCCGAGCCCGCCGUCUUAGUAUCGUCCCACCAGCAACAGCAUUCCCAUCUUUUGGCGCAGCUGUCGGCACCGCCACAAUCGUCGUUGUCCAGCAAACAUUCGACGUUGGCAAAGUCUUUACGCGAGGCUCCAAAGAUGACGGUGGAACAGAUGAAGAGGACCGAUUUGAUCCACAGUUACAUGAUGAGGUCAGAUCCUGCGUCUCCCUUUGUGACAGCGUCUCCAACUGCUUGCCCGUACAGAAAUACCAACAGUACGGCGAUGAGCAAUAACCUGUUGACCCCUGCUUGGACCACGUCGGUUAUCACGACUGCGAGACAGCCACAAAACAGACGUCCAUUCUCUCCCAUCAACCCCACUGACCCACACGCGUACGAUAGAUUGUACGGGCCUCAGUCUCCUCAUUCGACCUCACCUACACCAUCGUCGAGGUCGUCAUCCAGUCCCCAUUCGACGAUAAUGAGGACGUCGCCGGUUCCCAACAUGAUGGAACUACAAGUAGACACCGCGGACUCUCAGCAACCGUUGAAUCUGUCCAAGAGGUCGCCGUCUCCAGCGCCCAACGUAAUCAAGGUAGAGGUCAAUUAAACCUUCCGACUAUUGAGGUCGAGCCCGCAAGGCUCUCCCCUCUGAGCUUAGUACAAAGUGGAGUGCGUACCGGAUCCUAAUCUAUAGACAUUCGAUGCAGAUUCAGGGGAUUUUUUUGCUAACGGCGGUACCACUUGCAGCGUAUUACCAAACCAAAUUUUAAACUACCCCCCACCACGUUUUAUCUAUUGAACAUCCCCUUCCAUUCCUAUCCCGUCUUGUAUAAGUAAAUAUAGUAUCUUUGAAUGUGUGUGAGCCCCUUAUAAGUUAAGCUGUAGGUUCAGUAGAUUGUCUUUCGAGGAUACAUUGUCUUUGAAAAAUGUGUAUAUUUUCUUCGCCAUGCGCUGGGAAGCCCGGUUAAAUUAAUAUAUUAUUGUACAUAGCGGACCAAAAAAAUUUUAAGUUUCGGUCGGGCUUUCCAGUAAAUUGUCUUUGAGUAAGUUUAAAUCAAUCACUAAUUUAAUGGCCACUUAUUAUUUGUUGAAAAUCAUUAAUUUAUGUUUAUGUAUAUUGACUUCAAACGAAUAAAUCCUACUGUAGAAUACUAUUAUAUUAUAUUGUUUAAUAUAUGUGAUAAUUUUGUUUGUAAAACAUAUUUGUGUAUAAUUUUAUGUUGUAUCUCAGUUUGUAUAGUGAAUAUUACUUCAUUAUCAUUUAUGCAUCUCACAUCAUUGGUUUACAUCAUUCUGUACAUUUUUUCAUCCACCAUUCAUCGUGAUUUAGAGCAAGCCAAGAAGCGAGUUGAGACUGAAAGGUUGAAACGUUAACUUAUCGUACUAAGGCUAAAGUUGCCAUCUUACCGACGUUUCGCCUCCUAUAUUAUUCCUUCUGGCCUGUUCUUUAUUGAAGACAUGUAAGCUUACUCAACUACUAUUACUCCUCAACCGAUAUCAUGUUUAAACAGGUUAUUUGUAGCAUUACAAACCACUUUCAGAACAUUUUUAAUAUCGUUGCAAUUAUAAUGUCAUCCAAUUCAGAACAUUGUGAAGAGUUCCUGUGUGACCUAGGCCUUUAUGACUGAAAUGGCCUUUGGCGCAUUGGAUCCUUAUUCACUUUUAUGUGAUUGUAAUUUUGUAAAAUGGGAGCUUGUUGAGGCCGUCAGAAUAAAACAUGUCUGAUGAUCUUA